AUGGGCCUUCUGGAUUAUUUGUUUGGAAAUGGAGGUAGAAGGUUUAUCAAGAGAAAAGAUAGCGAUGCUGGUGAAACAGGUCGGGCACUGGAAGAGCUCAGAGGUUCUUUCUACAAUGAGCUUCGAACAUCAGAAGGAGCCAAGCGUCAACAACAGCGAUUCUGUGGUCCAGUUAUGGCAAUGACCUUCAAUUUCAUGGUUGCUGUUGGAAUAAUAUUAGGAAACAAACUUAUUAUGGGAAGAGUUGGAUUUAAAUUUCCCAUUUUCCUAACGCUCAUCCAUUACUGCUGUUCUUGGAUAUUACUCGCCAUCUUCAAGGCUUUGUCAUUGCUUCCAGCUGCUCCUCCUGCUAGAACAACACCAUUUUCUUCACUCUUUUCGUUGGGCGUUGUGAUGGCUUUUGCCUCUGGCCUUGCCAAUGCUAGUCUGAAUCAUAACAGUGUGGGUUUCUAUCAGAUGGCUAAAAUUGCGGUUACUCCAACCAUUGUCAUUGCAGAGUUCUUUCUUUUCAAGAAAACAGUAUCCUUUCACAAAGUUCUGGCUUUGGCUGUUGUGUCAGUAGGCGUUGCAGUUGCAACUGUCACAGACUUGGAAUUUAAUUUCUUUGGGGCUUGUAUUGCACUAGCAUGGAUAGUUCCAAGCGGUGUAAACAAAAUUCUUUGGUCAAAUCUCCAACAACAAACCAAUUGGACUGCUCUUGCGUUGAUGUGGAGGACAACCCCAGUGACAAUUUUCUUCUUGGUACCACUGUCGCCUUUGCUAGACCCUCCAGGAGUGCUAUCUUUCAAGUGGGACAUCCACAAUACGAGUGCUAUUCUCAUCUCAGCCUUACUUGGUUUCCUCUUGCAAUGGUCUGGAGCUUUAGCACUUGGAGCUACAUCAGCAACGUCACACGUUGUUUUAGGACAAUUCAAGACUUGUGUGAUCCUACUAGGAGGAUAUUUCCUGUUUAGUUCAGAUCCAGGGUGGACGAGUAUAUGUGGUGCCGUUACAGCUCUAGGUGGAAUGACAGUAUACACAUCCCUCAGCUUAAAGGAAUCAAGAGAAAAGGCGAGUGACCAACUCCCAAAGCAUAGUUUACCUCCUCAAAAACUCAAGAGUACUGAAGAUGAUGACAACUCCAGAUACACACCUCCGGACCAAACUCAUGCUGUCGUCUAAGUAGCAUUUCUUACUUUUUUUUUUGUUGGUACAUAAGUUAGAUCUAAUUUUUUACCGUGAAAACGGGGUUGUGGGAGAGCAAUACAAGUGUCGUGCUGCUAAGCAAAGCAGCCUGUUGAUCCACUUUAAUUGAUUAUUAUAACGUGUAAAUUUCUGCA